AUAGGUUGGUAGCAUGGGAAUUCAAUUUCCUAUAAAUUCCGAUACUACAAAAAGCAGUAGUACCAAACAUUUCAGACACAAGAAGGAAAAUAAAAAUAAUCUUUAACCUUAGAAAACAAAUCACAAAAUUAACAAUGGAGGUAUUAAGAGUACAAACUAUAGCUCAUCAAUCCAAAGAAGCUACAAUACCAUCCAUGUUUCUAAGAUCAGAAACAGAGCAACCAGGAACAACAACUGUUCAAGGUGUGAAACUUGAGGUACCAAUAAUCGAUUUCAGCAACGAAGAUAAAGCAAAGUUACAACAUGAAAUAGUGGAAGCGAGUAAAGAGUGGGGAAUGUUUCAAAUUGUGAACCAUGAUAUUCCAAAUGAUGUAAUAAAAAAAUUGCAAAGUGUUGGGAAAGAGUUUUUUGAGUUACCACAAGAAGAAAAAGAGGUUAUUGCUAAACCUGUUGGGUCUGAUUCUAUGGAAGGGUAUGGUACAAAGCUUCAGAAAGAGGUAAAUGGGAAGAAAGGUUGGGUGGAUCAUUUGUUUCACAUUAUAUGGCCAACUUCUUCCAUUAAUUACCGUUUUUGGCCUAACAAACCUGCUUCUUACAGGGAGGUAAACGAGGAAUAUGGAAAGUACCUACGUGUAGUGGCAGACAAACUAUUCAGAACCAUGUCAAUUGGGCUUGGGCUUGAAGAACAUGAACUCAAAGAAGCUGCAGGUGGAGAUAAUUUGAUUCACAUGUUGAAAAUAAACUACUACCCACCUUGUCCAUGCCCAGAUCUUGUCCUAGGUGUUCCACCACACACAGACAUGUCUUUCCUUACACUUCUUGUGCCCAAUGAUGUGCAGGGUCUUCAAGCCUCUAGACAUGGUCAAUGGUAUGAUGUUAAGUAUGUCCCUAAUGCCCUUGUCAUUCACGUCGGCGACCAAAUGGAGAUCGUGAGCAAUGGGAAAUAUAAGGCAGUGUUGCACAGAACAACGGUGAACAAAGAUGAGACAAGAAUGUCAUGGCCAGUUUUCAUAGAACCACCGCCAGAACAAGAAGUUGGUCCUCAUCCAAAGUUAGUUAACGUAGAAAAUCCACCAAAGUUCAAGACCAAAAAAUAUAAGGAUUAUGCUUACUGUAAGCUUAAUAAGAUCCCCCAGUAAAUGAAGCAGGGUUCUAUGGUGAAGUAAUUUAGUAGACAUUUUAUGUUAUGUCACACUAUAUUGUUGCUUAUGUUGGUUAAUUCAUUUUUCUUUUUUUUUGGAUGGUGAAAAUGUUUGGUUAAUUUUAUUUUAUGCAUGAUCAUGUCGCAAUGUAUGAACUUAUAAAAUAUGUAUCUAAACCCAGAUGUUAUUGUUUAUUUUUAAAUUAAACAUUAUUGAUUGUUCAGAGUUUUACAA